GUGUGUGUGUUUGCUUACUGCAGUAUACCAGAGAGUGCUGAAAAAGGCUCGUCCCCUGCCAGACUCUGCUGCACCAGCAGAGGACACCUCUGUGUGUGUGUGCGGCUGAUGAGAAAGAAAUGCAGCAUCGGUGGGAACUGGUCCAGAAAAGCAGAAAAAAGUCUCCCCACAUUCAGUGCAGCGCAACGCUGCAGUCCAGUGUUAUAACAGAGCCCAGAACUCCAAACUGCAGCUCUGAUCUCACUCCCACCAACCCCCAUCAUCAUUAUACAACACGACUGUUUUCAAUGUCACGCUGGGAGGCUACUGAAUGAAAGAGAUACUCUGACCACUGAAUAGUAAUACUGUAUGAGAGUAACUGACAUGUCCUGUGUUGUGACGUAUUACUUAACAGUAUACUGUACUUCAUGUAAAACUUUUAAAACAGCAUUGUACUGAUUGUUCAUGGUGCAGUGAACACUCCUUUUUAUACAUCUUCACGAAACUUACAAUAUAGUACAACAUAUUGUCGCAAUAUUAUUCUUCCACAGUGAACAUUUUUAAUUGGAGCAAUACACUAAAUAAUUUCACCUAUUUCUUAAAAACGUUAGUUCAAAAGCUGCCUUAAAUCAUACUGGCUUUACAAGUCACUUGCAUUCAAAUGAUAUUAAACUGACUUUAAAAACAGAGUUUAAUUGAUUUCAACUUGAUAAUAAUAAUUUAAAUUUAAGUACUCAAGUACAACAAAUUUUAUUUAAUUAGGGCUGCUUUUGAACUAAAGUUUUUAAGUUGGUUUUAUUACAGUAUCGGUUUCUGGUGCCAGCACAGAAUUGAGACACUUCAAAAAUUUUGUAACAAUCCCUUUUAUUUCAAUGUGAAAGUGAAAUUAAGCACACACUUGACUUGAAUAAUAACUAUAUAUGUAAUUACUAAAUUACAAUUAAGCGUAUUUAAGUUAUUAUCAAAUUAUUAUUAAAUAUCAACAAAACCCUAUUUUACAGCUAGGCUAAGAGAAAAACAGGUGUUUCAAGAAAAAGGGUGUGUGCAAAAAUCUCAAAAUUGCUUCUAUUGCACCAUGCAUUAUUCCUUUUGUCAACCCAAAAAUCUUCCUUACCAUUAUUCAUCAAUGACCUUUUCUGUAAUGACCCAGAUUCCUCAUAGCAAUAGUUAUAUCUCUGUUCACUGUCGCUUUUGGUUUAAUUUGUUAAUGGCACUAUGGCAAAUGAUAAUAAUGUAAAAAAUAUAUUAAAUAAAAAAAUAUUGGUGUUUUUAGAGGUGGAUGUCUACAGAACAGGAUGGCCAAUGCUCAAUAUAAUGCUGAUACAAUACAAUGUUAUGUUUAAAAAUGUGACACCGUGUUGACAUUUAAACGUGUUUCAUGUAAUAUUUAGCAAAAAUGUGCCAUUAUUUCAGUGCCAAAGUUUUUUCAAGGGGAAUUACUGUUGUUGAAGUCGGCAUGAAUUGGAAGUUCCAAUGGUGUUUUUUGUGACGCGAGUGAAACGGCUUCUGGAAUGAGAAAAAAUAUAGACUGGAUUUUGUUCUUAGCGAAUUGAUUGGAUUGGAUGUCUGUCCAUUGGACAGUCAAUAUAAUCCCAUCCUCAGGCAAAGACAUACGUUGAAGCAAGUUUCUGCUUUUAAUGAAAGAUUAUGAGGAUGCAUGAAUUAAAAAAAUGACCAGCAUGGAUAAAUCAUCACACUGCAAAAUUCCAUAAAAAUAACCAAAACACUAUCAUUAUGAUUAUCAUAUUCAUCAUGGCUUUAUACAGUAUUUUAGAGGGAAAUUGCUUCAAACAACGCAUAUAAAUCUCUCGCUUCACAUCCAUCACUCUGGGAUAUACGCAUGCAUAUGAAGGACACAGGUGACAUACUGUACAUUACUAGAAAGACCCACAUACACAUGCCAAGUAUAGAAAGUCUCUGGGUUUCAGAUGACAAUUGUCCUGAUCCAGUAAAACCUGACACUGCUGGUGCAGCCUAUUAUCAAUACCGGGGGGUGUUGGUUGAGAAAUGCAGAGUCAUGGGAAACCCAACUCUGCCAGUCUAUCAUGGAUGUGAGGGGAGAAAGACUUGGACACAUUAUUCAAAGUCAUUCAAUCACUUUGCAGGUAAAUACUCUUCUCAUGCCUCCUUCCCAAGUGUUCAUUAACAUGAACAUCUUCUGUGAUCUGGAACACAUAUGUGGGUUAAUGGCACAUGCUACUCCGUUAGACAGAGGUCAAACACUCAUCACAGUGUUAUUUCAUGCUUUUCCCAGCAGUCAAUGGUGCAGGAGAACCCCCUUAUGUGUCUUCUCAGAGCUGCCCUCCCUGUAGCCUCUCGAAAAACUGCAAUGCAGAAGAGACUCCGGACCCCAAAUAACACUGCCUAACAACCUGAACCCACAUUUACAGCUCAGAGAGAGAGAGAGAGAGAGAGAGAGAGAGAGAGAGAGAGGAGCAGGGAUAGAAGGGGAGGGAGGAGGCGAGGGAGGGACAGGCAGCUAGCCAAGGAGAAGAAAAGUUGAGUGAGAGCCAAAUAUUAGCAGAUUUUUCAGCGAGAGAGAGAGAGAGAGAGAGAGAGAGAGAGGAGGGCUGCUGUUCAACAGACUAUCUGCAGUUGUCCUCAAACCUCCAGCCAUUCAAUGCUCCACUGAUCUGUUUUCUCGGCGCCCCUCACAAAGCUCAUACUGUGGACUGAUGCCCUCUGCUUCAGAGAACAGGACACACAGAUUUACCUGUGCAACAAAGACUUAAUUGAAUCCUCUCCACCGAUCUGUCUGCUGUGAGAGAUCUGAUGACAGGGCAUUUCUUUAUCAGUAUUUUGCAUUUUAAGAUCCAUCUUAUCUAUGCAGUAUGUAUUUCAAAUAAAUGUACCUGGUUUAGAAUUAUUUUUCAUUAUUUGAAUGGAGAACAUGUUUAUGGACUCAAAUUUAAAAAUAGAAAUGAUCACAUCAUUAUUUCCCGAUCAAGGCAUUCGUGGGGUCUUGCUGCCCUCCUGUUCAAAAACUUCCCUUUACAGGGCAUGACGGAGAGCAACCGAGCAACCAAAACACAGAUGGAGUUAUAAAAACAUUUUCCCAUCUGGGCAGAUCCUUGGGCUUCCAGAAGUCUGAGACCUGGGCAGGCCUCUCCUCUUCCACCCUUUGACAGGAGGAACCUUGUAAUUGCACACACAGACGAAUCUAGCGUUCAAUUGCGGAGGGGCAGGCAGGACCAACCAGCAUACUGAGGAGAACAUACUUUUGGGAAACUGACAAAACAGGAAGUGAACUGCUGCUAGGAAGGCUGGUGAACGUGAGAAAAAUAGCAGAGGAGUGCAACAUGGAUACAAAGAGCAGAGGACAUCUAAGAGGAAGAGAAGAUUCCUCAGAAAGAACUGUGUGCUGUCUUCUGCUCACACUUAUCAUUGGUGUGUGUUGUGUUCGUGCUCUGGAGAUGUCUACUGGUAAGAUUCCCUUUUUGGAAGCUGUGAAUGGCAGUACAGUUCUCCUGCCCUGCACCUAUGCCAGCUGUAUUGGGAUUAAGGAUCUGUACUUCAAAUGGGAGUUCAAUGACAAUGGCACUAUGGAGAUGUUGGCUGAUGCUGUUAUUCCAAUGGAUCACGUCGAUCCAUCUAAACUGACUGUUUACCACGAGAGGGUGAAUUAUGUUGGCUCCAGUAAAGAAAAUAACAUCUCCAUCCUGCUGUGGAAUGUAACAUUCGAGGAUGCAGGUGUCUACACCUGCUUUGGCAAAAACCCAAAAGAGAAGAACAAGAAUCACAGUGCCAUAUUCACUCUAUACGUGGUAGAGGAAUUAAAAGAGGUUGAUAACACACUUACCAAAAUCAUUGCUUCCUGUGUUGGCGGAUUCAUCGCUGCGUUAAUGGCCUUCAUGCUGAUAAAGAACUUGACUCUGUUCGUACUUGCAAAGAUUGAGGAAAAAAAUAAGGAGUGCCUUGUCACCUCCUCAGGGAUCGAUAACACAGAGAACGGCCUGUCUGGCUCCAAAACCACACCAAAGAAAGCAUGAAAGAGUGCACACAGACACAGUCACACAUGCACAUGAAAAUGGCUAUAAAAUAGAUCAGCCAUCAUGCUGUGCCCUCUGUUUAUUCAUAUCUGUGUCCACAAGUGCUAUAACAUCUUUUUUUGCGAAAAGAGUAAUAAUAGCAUUCUAUUUAUUACAUUUCUAUAGAAGUUUUCAGUUCACAAUGGUCAUUUUCAACAUUUUGAGAUAUGAAGAGGGGGCAUUAUGUAUUUCUGCAUAUAUUAUAUUGAUAUAUGCAUUUAAAUAUGCACCACACACAUGCACUUUAUUUUACUGGCCCAUAUCAAACCUGUGAACUAUAUUUCUUAUAUAGCCAAUAUACAUUUUCUUCAAACAAUGCUUGAAACGUAAGCUGUUCUAUUCAUGGCUCCUUAAACUGGACUGUAAAACUGUGAGAGCCCCUUGGUACCUUGUUUAGAUGCCUGACUAAAAUAGCAGAGAAAUACGUGUUUAGCAACACACACAUUUAGUUUAGAGCUAGUAGAAUCAUUGUUUUAUAUCUUUAAAUAAUUCUUAUGUUUAGCAUAAGUUUAGAGUAAAGGCCUAUGGUUGUUAUUGUGAGGUCAUGUUGUCAAACGAACGUUGAAGUUUAGAAAAUUUUGUGAAAGGGGCAUUUGUGGUUUCUGUUGUUGUUUUUACCUAAAUGACAGAGAUAGACUCUCAAUGUUGGUAUAGUAACUGCAUGUUAUAAUGCAGUAGGUCUGGAUACCAAAAUCUAUAGCGAAGUCUGAUUGUUAUUAGCAUGGAAAGAAUAAGGCCUUUAUGUACCGUACCAGUCCAGUUCAACAUAAACUGUAUUACCAUUUUGCUUGAAAUUGAAUCACAGGUGCCUGUUAACGCUUCUGUCGCCACCUAUUGGUGAUAAAAAGUAAAUGCAAAACAUUAUGAUGCAAAGAAAAAAGAGAAAAAUAGUAAAAACGCUGCAAAAUUGCAAAAGCCACCAACCAGUUAGUAAAUAAAAUCUAUAAUGAAUGAUAUUUGACAAUCUGUAGAGAUCAGUGUCCCCUUAGAUAAAACCCUGAAUGAAACACUGACAAUGCUGCUUCAAAUAAUUUCCAGUGCAUUAUAGCAUGUGCUAAAAAAUGGCCAGAUUUUUAGGGCUAUGUGACUCGAUAUACCUGUAGAAACAUAUAUAAUGCUUUUUUAUUGACAUAUUGAAACACAUUUGUUACAAUUUAAUUAGCAUCAGCUAUAAAAACUGAAAAUGCUAAGUAAAACAUGAAUACCAAAAAGGGAAAAAAAUAGCAAAUGUACACUAUAAAUUUGUCCUGUGACAUCAUGACAAUGCAAUAUUUAAAGGCAAUAAACUCAUCAUCAAAAUCAUGCAAAACAAUAACGAAAAUAUAACAGUCUCUCAUGUAAAUAGAGAUUUAUUAUGCUUGUAAAUACAAGAACAAAAAGAUUUACUUGCAGGUAGGUUUAGGGACUGACGUCAAGCAAGAUCAUUCUAUCAGAAUUGCGAUCCAUAAAAUAAAAAUAUCCCAAUAAUCUAUUAUACAAGAAAGUUAUGGAGUAAAUAUACAAUUAAAGGAUAUUUCAACAAAUCUAUUGAUUCAGCUUAAUGGAUCCUUCCUUAAAUACAUGGGCUCAGACUAAAAGGUUUUACACAUUUUUGCUAUUGUUGGUGAAUUUUGAAUCCAGUAAUGCUGAUGUCACAAACUCUUAAAGUAGCUUGAUUUCAGUGCCAAAAGGAGUUCACUCCAGAUAAACAGUUUAACAAAUCGUUUCACGUUUCUGGUUGUACUGUAAAUUUGUUCAAUAUAAAUAUAGAGCAGAAACAUUUGUUUAAGUAUAAUCUGGUAAAUGUGUGCAGCAUUUGGACCUGAAAAAUGUUUAACCAGUAGCUCUUCUUCCUCCCUUCCACCAAGCAUUGUCAUUGAAAGUUAUGUUUUUUUUUUGGUUUAAAUUUAUUAAUUUGUUUAUUUUGUGACUUGUGACUUAAAGUGGAAGUU